AGAGAGGAAGACGAACCAUGCCCAAGGCCAUCUUGUCCACAGCUCGGUAACUUUUGCUAUUUUUUUCUCGAACCCUUUUCGAAAUCUCAACAAUGGCGAUGGCAGGUUUACAGAGACUCACAACCCAAUUAUAUCGAAACCCUUCACUCUCUCUCUCCUCCAAAGCCAUAAUCACCCGAUCAUCCGCUUCAUCAUCCUCACUAUCUUCUUCAUCAUCAUCAUCCAAGAAAGUCUCUGAUCGAAUCGUGAAGCUCUUCGCGAUCGAUCUCGACGGCAAGAAGCGCGAGAUCGUAGGUCUCUCAGGCCACACUCUCCUGAAAGCCCUAGCCAACGCCGGCCUGAUCGAUCCAGCUUCGCACAGGCUGGAGGAGAUCGACGCGUGCUCGGCCGAGUGCGAGGUCAACAUCGCUCAGGAGUGGCUCGAGCGACUGCCUCAACCCUCGUACGAAGAGCAGUACGUGCUCAAGAGGAAUUCGAGGAAUAGGGUUUUGAACAAGCACUCGAGACUCGGGUGUCAGGUGGUUCUGACGCCGGACCUCCAGGGUAUGGUUGUGGCCGUUCCCGAGCCUAAGCCGUGGGACAUCCCGUAAAAGAGUCGAGAAUUUGACUACUGUAAGGAUUUUGAAAUGAACAUUUAGGGUUUUUGAAUUGAAUAAUGUGCACACUUUUUGGUACUCAUUGCUGUUUUAUUUAAUUUUUAUGGUCAAUUUGAUGAGACACAAUUUGUGUAAGAUUAUGUUAAAUUUCGUAUUUGGAAUUCUUGGAAUUCAAUAUAUCUUUGUGCUUGUUUCCAUAAA